AUGUUGUCCAUAGAGGUGCCACAGUGCAGGGUCUUCAAAGUCGUGUUGUGCGGCGAAUAUGGCGUUGGCAAGAGCUCUUUGUUCCGGCGCUUCGUUUAUGACACUUUUGUUGACACUUCUGACCGAUAUUCGUCUGUCGGCUUUGACAAUUUCGAAAAGCGCUAUACAUUUAACGAUAAGGAGGUCGUGUUGCAGCUGUGGGAUACCGGUGGACUUGAACGGAUCGCCACGGUGACCAGUGGUUAUUUCAAGUUUGCCCAUGGUGCCAUUCUGGUGUUUUCUUUCGACGAUUUCAGUUCUUUCAAUGUACUUCCGCAGCACCUGUUGGACAUCGUGACCAGUGCAGAGAAGGCGAGGAUUUAUCUCUGCGGAAAUAAACAGGACCUGGCCAAUCGGAGCACCCGGCCUACAGAAGAGGACAUUGCACUGUUCUACGAAGAGAACCAGAUCUCAGGAGAGCAGGUGUUCGCUAACACGUUCAAAGUCAGCUGCAAAACGAACCAAGGUGUACAUUUGUUGUUCGAGAGCAUCGCACGCGAUCUCGCCUCCCACUUCAUAGCGCCGCCCGACCAGACCAUCUUCAUGCUUAAGCCACGAACCGACAACAAAAGCUGCUGCUCAAAAAGCUGA